AUUCUCUGAUAAAGACAGUUCAGGUUGGAGUUGCAGCAGAGAUAAGGAUGCAUAUAGCAGUUUUGGGUCUCGAGAGUCAAGAGGAAGGUCUGGUUAUUUCAGUGACCGUGGAAGUGGUUCAAGGGGAAGAUUUGAUGAUAGCAGAAGGAGUGAAUAUGAUGAUAUUGGCAAUCGUGACGGAACUGGCUUUGGUAGAUAUGAACGGAGUGGACGCAGUCGUUGGUAUGACAAGUCAGAUGAAGAUGAUUGGUCAAAACCACUUCCACCAAGUGAACGCUUAGAGCGGGAACUGUUUUCUGGAGGAAACACGGGGAUUAACUUUGAGAAAUACGAUGAUAUACCAGUAGAGGCAACCGGCGGUAACUGUCCUCCACAUAUUGAAAAUUUUAGUGAUAUUGACAUGGGAGAAAUUAUCAUGCGGAACAUUGAGCUUACUCGCUAUACUCGUCCGACUCCAGUGCAAAAACAUGCCAUUCCUAUCAUUAAGGGAAAAAGAGACUUAAUGGCUUGUGCCCAGACAGGUUCUGGAAAAACUGCAGCAUUUCUUUUGCCCAUACUGAGUCAGAUAUAUACAGACGGUCCAGGAGAAGCUUUGAAGGCUGUGAAGGAAAAAGGAAGGUAUGGGUGCCACAAGCAAUAUCCAAUUUCCUUGGUUUUAGCCCCAACGAGAGAAUUGGCUGUACAGAUCUAUGAUGAAGCCAGAAAAUUUUCGUACCGCUCUAGAGUUCGUCCUUGUGUAGUUUAUGGUGGUGCUGAUAUUGGUCAGCAGAUUCAGGACUUAGAACGUGGAUGCCACUUGUUAGUAGCCACUCCAGGACGCCUAGUGGAUAUGAUGGAAAGAGGAAAGAUUGCAUUAGACUUCUGCAGGUACUUAGUGUUGGAUGAAGCUGAUAGGAUGUUGGAUAUGGGAUUUGAACCUCAGAUACGUCGUAUAGUUGAACAAGAUGCUAUGCUCCCAAAGGGUGUUCGUCAGACUGUGAUGUUUAGUGCUACUUUUCCUAAAAGAAUACAGAUGCUUGCUCGCGACUUUUUGGAUGAAUAUAUCUUUUUGGCUGUAGGCAGAGUAGGCUCUACCUCUGAGAACAUCAUACAGAGAGUAAUUUGGGUGGAAGACUUAGAUAAACGGUCGUUUCUGCUUGAUCUGUUGGAGGCAACAGGGAGGGAUUCACUGAUUUUAGUGUUUGUAGAGACCAAAAAGGGAGCAGAUUCCCUGGAGGAUUUCUUACACCGUGAAGGAUAUGCUUGUACCUGUAUUCAUGGAGACCGAUCACAGAGAGCUCGAGAGGAGGCCCUUCACCAGUUUCGCUCGGGGAAAAGCCCAAUUCUUGUGGCUACAGCUGUGGCAGCACGAGGACUGGACAUUUCAAAUGUGAGACACGUUAUCAAUUUUGAUUUGCCAAGUGGUAUUGAAGAAUAUGUGCAUCGUAUUGGCCGUACAGGACGUGUAGGAAACCUGGGCCUUGCCACCUCAUUCUUUAAUGAAAAAAAUGUGAAUAUUACAAAGGAUUUGUUGGAUCUUCUUAUAGAAGCUAAACAAGAAGUGCCUUCUUGGUUGGAACAUAUGGCUUAUGAACACCACCACAAGGGUGGCAAUCGUGGACGAUCUAAAAGAUUCAUUGGAGGAUUUGGUGCUAAAGACUAUCGACAGAGUAGUGGUUCCAGCAGUUCUGGCUUCAGUGGUAGUCAUGCAAGGAGCAGCCGCCGUGGUGGAGGUGGUUACGGCAGCAGUAGAGGAUUUGGUGGAGGUGGCUAUGGAGGCUUCUACAACAGUGAAGGAUAUGGAGGAAAUUAUGACUUCCAAGGGGUUGACUGGUGGGGCAACUGAAUCGGCUUUGCAGCAAAGUCAUCCUUACAAACAAGCUAAUAUGGAAACCACAUGUAACUUAGCCAGACUGUAUCGUGUAGCCUCAAGAACUUGCAGUACAUAACCAGCAGUGAUUGUCCUGAAAAUUCAGGGGAGCUCAAAGUCACAAGAAGAAAAACGAAAGGAAAUAAAACAGCAGCCCUAUUCAGAAAUUGGUUUGAAGACUUAAUUGCUGUAGUUUGGAUUUAACUCUUCCCCUCCGGCUUUCGUCCCACCCCAAACUGCAUUUAUAAGUUUGUGGCUAAGGAUCGUUUUGUUUGUUAAGGUUCUGUGACGUUAACUUUAGACAACUUAUUACUUUGAUGUCCUGUGGGAUCAGUAAUGCUGACGAUACCAACUGUUUUGACAAAAUUAAUUUACUAAACUUGGCCUAAAA